AUGCACAAAAUAAAGCUUAGUGAGGUUAAGGACCAGUGGACCGAGUACAUCACUUUCUGUGGACUCAGAACACACUCCAAGCUCUCCGGGUCACAUGUCACUGAGCUCAUCUACGUUCACAGCAAGACUCUAAUAGCUGAUGACCGCUGCUACAUCAUUGGAUCAGCAAACAUCAAUGAUCGUAGCAUGCUGGGCGAUCGAGACAGCGAGCUCGCAGUGCUUGUGGAGGAUGAAGAGAGGGUGCCAUCCAUCAUGGGAGGACAGGAAUACGAAGCAGGACCCCUCACUCUCGCUCUGCGCAAGGAGUGCUUCAGUGUUCUUGUUGGAGCAACAUCUGAUCCCAGCAUCAAUAUAGAUGAUCCCAUCAGCGAUGAAUUUUUCUUUCUGGUCUGGAAUGAAACUGCAAAACUGAACGCCGUCAUUUACGACAAGGUCUUUAAAUGUCUUCCCUGCGACUCUGUUCAAAACAUGCAGCAGCUGAAGGAGUACACCAGCCAAAAACCUCUUUGUAACACAGACGUGGAGCAGGCAAAAGAGGAACUGAAGGCAGUUCGAGGGUUCCUGGUCCACUUCCCCCUGAAGUUCUUGUGUGAGGAAAAGCUGCUGCCUCCAUCAACCUCUAAAGAAGGCAUGGCUCCCUCAACUCUCUGGACAUAA